AUGGCAGGAAGGCUGAAGUCUCAGAUCCAAGUUCUAACUAUAGGAAUUCUGCUGGCAUUCAGCGGCGCAGUGGAAAUUGAUCCUCCAAUACAGAUCAACCUGACCAUGGAUUCACCGGUAGAUAUCCAAUCUCGUAACUACCCCGCCAAAUAUCCCGGCAAUUACGUCGACACCUGGCUCCUAGUCUCGCCUCCAGACACUCUCAUCAGUGUCAAAGUUUUGGAUUUCCAAACGGAGAAGCAUCCUGUUGCUCGUGACUUGCUGUACAUUGGGAAUGGACUGAACUACACGUCUACGGUGAGGUACAAUCUUCCUCGUUCAGCAGAAGCAGGAACGGCAGGAAUGGUUCUCCAAAUGAUCUCAUCAGGAUCGGAGAUGUGGCUGCAAUUCUCGAGUGAUUUUUUCUCGUCGUCGAAUGAGAGAGGAUUUCAGCUUCGAGUGCACACCAUCAACAACACAGAAUCUUGUUCGCCAGACGAGUAUAUUUGUAACGAGGUGAUAACGGUGUGUAUGGAUGAAUCGAUAGCGUGCGACGGCCCACCGCAAUGCAGCAACGGAGCUGAUGAAACCUUUUGUGAGCACUGUGGGCAGACGUCCAUCGACCUAUCACAGGGCGUCUUGUAUACUGUUUCGUCUCCAAAGCACCCAGACGAUUUUCCAUACGAGAUCCUCUGUCAUUGGCUGAUCAACGCCAGCGACGCGUCUUCGAUUUUGAUUUCAUUCGACGUCUUUCGCUUGGAAGAAAACAGGGAUCUUUUCUCGAUUGGGAUUGGUCACGACCCAGCUAACGAAAGCUCCAUUGUGCUCAUGCGCAGAGGAAGCGUCACUCCAAUAACCAUAGCAAUCCAAUCCAACCAAAUCUGGCUUGAAUUUAUGACAAUGGGAAGCUUACAUCUCCUGAGUCUGAUGCAGGUUACUCUUCAAGAAUUUCUACCGCAAGAUUGCGCUGAAGGGCUGGCGGCAUGUGAUUCUGGCCUGGAAUGCGUUCAGCAAACAGCCGUCUGCAACGGAUUUCCAGACUGCUCAGACCAGUCAGACGAAUUGAAUUGCGAUAAUUGCUCAGCCGCCGCUGAUACGUGUUCAUGUUUCAAAGAGUCAUAUUUCUGCAAUGGCGAGAAAAAUUGUGAGGACUAUUACGACGAACUGCGAUGCGCGACUUGUGGUGACCCGUUUAUUAAUCUCACGGGUGAUACUUCAGUCAACUUUUCCUCUCCCAACUACCCCUCCAAAUAUCCGCGAGAGCUAUCCUGUCUCUGGCUCGUCACUGCCCAACCGAACCACCGUAUCCUCGUCAACUUCGUGGACUUCAAACUCAAUGUUGAGACACUGUCGCUUGGCAACGGACACCACCCUGGCAACGCAUCCAGUCUGAUCCUGCGCCGCGCCGGAGCGACAUCUCCAAGAAUGGUCAGUUCUGAGGGAUCGACACUCUGGAUGACGUUUGAGACUUCAACAAAAACGAGUCUGUACAGGGGAUUCUUAUUGGAACUCUCGCAGUUUGUGGCAGUUGAAUGUAGGAUGAAUGAGUUCGCCUGUGAUUCUGGUCACCAGUGUGUGGAGAAUUCCAGUCGAUGCGAUGACAUCACGGAUUGCUGGGAUUUCUCGGACGAAAUCGGCUGCGAAUCAUGUGACGUCGACAAGCUCCCAUGUAUGGAUGGCGUGUGCGUGGAGCAUGAUGGGAUAUGUGAUGGUUACGCAGAUUGUGAAGAUUUCACCGAUGAAACUGGGUGUGGAACCCUUUGUGGCAAACGCAACAUCUUACUUACUACAGAGGCACCCACAUACCGAUUAUCAAGCCCCGAUCUCGAUUCAACGAAUCUACAAUAUCCACCAGGGUAUUCCUGCCUGUGGAUCCUAUCCACUGAUCCACAACUACAAAUCGCUCUCAAAGUUGUGGACAUCAGCUUGAUCGGCCGAGGCGAGGACACCAUCCAAAUAGGAAACGGUCAAGAUCCAGCCAAUUCGACGAGCACCCUCGCCAUCUUGCAAGGAGCAGACGACACACCACUCGUAGGCAGAAGCUUCCUCUCUUCGGAAUCGAAGAUGUGGGUUGCCAUGGUUACAGCCUCCAAGGAAAUCAAGUUCGCAAAAUGGGGAAUGUUCGACUUGGACGUAACUCGACAUAAUACAUCAGGUGAAUGCAUUAAUGGUUCUUGGUGUCGACAUCAACCUAUUUGCGUCUCGGACUCAGCCGUAUGUGACGGAAUUUCAAACUGUGGUGAUUACAGCGACGAACAGCACUGUGCUCACUGCGGAGCCGAGUCGACAGAUGGUAUUAAUGUCGCAGACGGCGCGCCGUACCUGUUAACAGCUCGUCUGACCAGCCAAGGAGCCGAGUUUCCCCUCGGCAAAGAUUGUCUUUGGAUCGUCACCGCUUUAGCCGGUACCCGCAUCCAGCUCAGAUUCCUGUAUAUGAUACUCAUCUCCGAUACCAGCUACUUCAACGGCAUAUUGGUCGGUGACGGCACCGAUCCGAGCAUCCAAUCCAGUCUGCUCUUGAGACAUACGGGCAAAGUUGUUCGUCAGGUUGUGACUUCAUCCGGCUCCGAAGUUUGGAUCGUAGCCGACACGUUCCGGUUGCAGUUUGAAGAGGGUUUCUCUGUACUGUUGAGCCAAUUCAAUCAAACAGUCUGUGCCUCUGAUCAGUAUGCCUGUCCGUCUGGCUUGUUAUGCAUUGAACAGUCUCAGCGAUGUGAUGGGAUACCAGACUGUCCGGGAGCUGGAGAUGAAUUUGGAUGUGCCGAAUGUUCAUCCCAACAACUGUACUGUGAUGGAGGCAGGUGUGUUGAUUCGGAACAUAUCUGCGACCGGAAACAACUCUGUCAGGAUAGGUUAGAUGAACGAAUCUGUGCUCCCUGCGGCGACAGCAUCAUCACUCUACCACCUGAUCCCGACCAGCAAAUCAUCUUCUCUUCUCCUUCUUACUCCGUCGCCGACUACCCGUUCGAUAUGGACUGCGUCUGGUUCCUGACCUCCCCGGGCGGUUACUUCAUUCAAUUAGAGUUUCUCGACUUCAAGACAGAGGUGCACUUUGAUCAAUUCAGCGUGGGCAACGGCCACGAUUACAAGGAUGUCUCAUCGGCAAUCUUAAGCGGGAUUAGCGGAGAGGAAGCGCCCAGGAUUAUCUUGUCUGAUGACGAUCGGUUGUGGAUCAGAUUUACUGCGGAUCAUUUUGUGACAGAUCGAGGAUUUCAGUUGUUGAUCACACAGGUCAAUGAUACAGUUGAAUGCAAUGAAGCGGAGACGAGUUGCGAAUCGGGUCCUGGUAUCGUGUGUUUGCCUCACGAAUCGCGAUGCAAUGGACUUAUGUUGUGCCCUGAUGAAUCCGACGAGCAAUCAUGUGGAAUUUGUGGCUCCAACAUCAUCUACUUGUUCGACAGCGAUACUCAUAACCUAACCUCGCCUGGCUUCCCUGGUCAAUACCCUCCAAAUCAACCGUGUAGUUGGCGCAUUCAGACCAGUGACAAACCGGCCACCGAGGGCGCUAACGCCUGGAAAAUCUUGGCUUCCAUACAGAUAUUCGACUUGGAGAACCAGUACGACUAUCUAACGCUGUACAAUUGGGAUGAGGGCGGCGUGACAGAUCUGAUCGCCAGGCUAACUGGAAAUAUCAAGCUGACCACCGUAGUAUCGUCUGGCUACGCAAUGUUCAUCAAAUUUACAAGCGACAACACCGGAUCGGCAAAAGGAUUCAAGAUUCACUUCCAAGCUGUCAAUAAAACAAGUAAGUUUUGCACUGGAUCGGACUUUGACUGCAACGGUGAAGAAUUCUGCGUCAGUGAAGACGCCAAGUGUAAUGGCUUCAACGAUUGCCUGCGAUAUCAAGAUGAAACAGACUGUGCUGAAGUGAAUUGUCCCGGUAACUACAUGUGCGAUAACGAAAUCAUCAGUGAUGAUGAUUUGGUUGACUUUCAAUGCGUCACGCUCGAUCUGGUGUGUAACGGAAGAACCGAUUGCCCGGAACAUGACGACGAAGUGCAAUGUGACAAAAAGAAAUGCCCAAGUGACUGCAACUGUUACUAUGACAGCAACAGGUUGGUCAUCAAGUGUCUGGGAUCCUGGGAGCAGAGCACAGUAGAUAACAUGGCCAAAACAGUCGCUACACUGAGUCUGAAUGGCGGGAACGUGACGGUUUUAAAGAAAGGUACAUUCAAAGGAAUGAAUUCACUCCGCACAUUAUCCUUGAGUGACAAUAACAUUGUGACUAUUGAGACGCGUACAUUCGAUGGCCUGGACAAUCUGAUGUGGCUAGAGCUCUCCAAUAAUCAGAUCUAUGAACUGGAAAGUUACUCUUUUCAAGAACUUGGCUCACUUGAAGGAUUAACUUUUUGGAAUGUGCCGCUACAGCGGGUCAACGAUUAUGCAUUCACAGGGCUUGCCAAACUACAAAAACUUUCAAUCAUUCGUGGAGUCCUGGACAGUCCACUGACAGUGGCACCCAAGGGAUUCGAUGGCUUACACAGCUUACAAACAUUGUAUGUUGAUGACCAUCGUCUGUGUUGCUACUUCCCUGACGUUACAUGCACCUCCAUAGAGCCCCGCCCACCUCUCUUCAUGUGUAGUAACCUCAUGCCGAACCUGGCCCUGCGUAUCUUCAUGUGGAUCCUCGGAAUUAGUGCCCUGGUGGGUAACUUUGGCAUCAUGAUUUGGCGAUUCCGUGAGAAGAAUAGUAAGGCGAGUCGUCAGGUCCAUUCCUUCUUGGUGUUCAACCUGGCGGUGUCGGAUUUCUUCAUGGGCGUCUACAUGUUGAUCAUAGCUGCCGCUGACGUGCAUUACGGCGACGAGUACUUCAUGAGGGCGAGCGAAUGGCGUUCGACUGUAGCGUGUAAGGUAGCGAGCGCACUCAGUAUUCUCUCGAGCGAGGCAUCUGUCUUUAUCGUCACGGUGAUAACCAUUGACCGGUUUCUGUGUAUCCUGUUUCCGUUCAGUCAGUUUCAUCUUAGACGUCAUUCCUCCCGCGUCGUUUUAUUCAUAGUUUGGUUUGUUGCCAUCUCCGUCAGUCUUAUCCCAACACUUCUUGCGGACGAAGAAUCCAACGUCUACGGCCUGUCUGAUGUCUGUAUCGGUCUCCCGCUCCAGACAAGGGCAACCGACUUCGCCUCCACCACCCAAGACAUCGAGAGUCCGUUCUCCAACGAGACGUUUGACAUUCCGGUUGCUCUGAACUAUCAACCGUCCUGGGUGUUCUCCAUCGUUCUGUUCCUUGGUGUCAACUUUGUCUGUUUCUUAGUCAUCUUGGUGUGCUACGUUGUCAUCUUCAUCCAAGUUCAGUUGUCUCUGAAGCAGGUGAAUCGUCACAUACACAGACACGAGGAAAUCAAAAUGGCGGGUAAGAUGGCGAUCAUCGUCGGCACCGAUCUGGUCUGCUGGCUGCCCAUCAUCAUCAUGGGCAUCUUGGCCCAGUCGGGCGUGGUCACCAUUCCCGUCGAGAUGUACGCCUGGAUCGUCGUCUUCAUCCUCCCGAUCAAUUCCUCACUCAAUCCGUAUCUGUACACCAUCUCGUCUUGCGUUGCCGACCGCAAACGUGAAAAUAUGUCCACGGCAACGACCAAACGCAACGGAACGUUGGCAAUGACCAAUAGAGCAAACUUGGACAAGAGUGUUCAGUCACAAGGAAUCAGCGUGGUGGACUAAGUUUGUAUCCUCUCCGAGUGAUUCCUGUUUGCCAUUUCCCAGGUCUGUAUCGUGACUUUGGGCGUGAUCCCUGGCUGUAUGGCAUACGGGCUUAUGGUCUCUGACUAGGGCACCUGGAAUACGGAUAUAAUGAAUUAGGGAACCGCCAACGUAGGUCUGGAUAGCUCAGUUGGUAGAGCACCGGAAGGGUAAUCCGGACAUGUUCUAACACCACUGCAGUCAAUUUCUUUGUUCAACUUUACAAAUUAAAAUGUAAACUAGAGCUAUGCCUGUUCGCAUGGGCGUCGCCAGGAUUUUUUCUAGAGGGGGGGCAAAACAUAUUUUUCC